UUUUUCCACAUUCUCUCUCUCUGACUCAGAGCCCCCGGAAACCGCCGCCGUCUCUCCUCGUUCAUCGCUAUAAAUACCCUCUUCCCCCCUUCACUUUCCGAUGCCCUCGCUGUUCAUCUCCAAAAUCCCACUCAAUAUCUCUUCUGUCCUCUCCAAUUCUCGAUUCCGAUUCUCAAUCGCCGCCGCCGCCGCCGCCGCUCCCUUACUUCCCUCUCCCUUCACCGAUCUCCGCCGUUUUUUCCACCAACCUCUGUUCACCGGCCAUGCCUCCCCGUUUGGCCAUGAUGUCACAAGUCGACUUUGAUGGCCCACUUGCUCGGAGAUUGUGGAAUAAGUGCCGUAGAGAGUCGACACUCUCGAAGUAUACCCCGUUUUGCGUUUGUCUCGCUUGCGGGUGUCUCGAUAUUGAUACAUUCCGCUGCUAUAUUGAUCAAGAUAUUCAUUUCCUCGAGGCGUUUGCUCGGGCGUAUGAAUUAGCUGCAGAAUGUGCUGAUGAUGAUGAUGCAAAACAUUCAAUCAUUGAGCUGAGAAAGGAAGUGACAGAAGAACUGAAAAUGCAUGCUUCAUUUGUUAAGGAAUGGGGUGGUGAGGACAGAAAAGCAGCUCCUGUCAGCCCUGCUACGGUCAAAUACACCGAGUUUUUGUUGGCAACAGCGUCUGGCAUGAUUGAAGGACUUAAUCUUGCAACCCCAUUUGAAAGAACAAAGGUUCCUGCUUAUGCUCUAGGUGCCAUGACACCUUGCAUGAGGCUCUACGCCUAUUUAGCUUCAGAGUUUAAGGUAGCUAUUGGUCCAGUCUAUGGUGAUCACCUCUACAAGACAUGGAUCGAAAACUAUGCAUCGCCCGGUUUUGAGAAAGCAGCUGAGAGAAUUGAAGACGUGCUCGAGAAAGUCGCUACUACUUUGACUGGUGAAGAGCUUGACACCAUUGAGAAGCUUUAUAACAAAGCUAUGAAACUCGAGCUAGAUUUUUUCUGGUCUCAGCCUGUUGGCCAGAAGACUGUUGUUCCGUUGAUUAGAAAUCAUAAUCCCGCCGUGGAUCGGUUGGUAAUCUUUUCGGAUUAUGAUUUGACAUGCACUGUUGUUGAUUCUUCUGCCAUUCUGGCAGAAAUUGCAAUAGUAAGAGCUCCAAAAUCCAUUCCAAACCCCGAUCCAGAUCAACCUGCCGAAGAACAAACUAUCCGGAUGACAUCAGCCGAACUCAAAAAUAGAUGGGGUGAUAUUUCCAGGCAGUAUACCGACGAGUACGAAGACUGCAUCGAUAGAAUCACAACUUCUAGAACAGACGAAUUUAGGUAUGAUGAUCUUUGUAGAGCUCUUGAGCAACUCUCUGCUUUCGAGAAACGGGCAAAUGACAGAGUUAUCAAGUCUCGAUUGCUUAAGGGCUUGAAUUUCGAUGAUAUAAAACGAGCGGGUGAACAUCUUAUCAUUCAAGAAGGGUGUUUCAAAUUCUUCUCAACCGCUAGUAGGAAUGAAAGAUUGAAUGUUGGUAUAAACAUAGUGUCUUAUUGUUGGUGUGGGGAUCUCAUCAGAUCAUCUUUUAAUUCAGCUGGUUUACUAACGCAAGUGAGUAUACAAUGCAAUGAGUUUAUGUUUGAAGAAGCAGUUUCUACAGGUGAUUUAGUUAGGAAAAUAGAAUCUCCCAUUGAUAAAGUCAGGACUUUCAGGAAAAUCUUGGGGAAUUACAGCACUGAUAAAAACAACUUCAGUUUAUACAUUGGAGACGCGGUUGGUGACUUGCUUUGCCUACUCGAAGCAGAUAUAGGAAUUGUUAUUGGGUCGAGUUCCAGUCUAAGGAGACUGGCGACUCGUUAUGGAGUUUCUUUCGUUCCGUUGUACCCGAAUGUGGUAAGAAAACAGAAAGUUCUUACCGGAGAGACACUACUCAGCUGGAAAAGAUUGUCUGGUGUUCUUUACACCGUCAGUUCUUGGGCUGAAAUCCAUGCUCUCGUUCUUGGAUGCUAGAACCAAUAUUUUUUUUUGUGGUUCUCAUUCAUCUCAACUCGAUUUGGUUUCGAGUUGAGUCGUUUAUGCAUCAUUGAUUGUAAAGAUACAUGUUGAUGGCGAGUUUUAUAGGGCCAACAACGUCAUUUUGCUGUUGUCGUUCGUCCUUCCUCGAACAAGGUAUGUUUUGGAGCAGGCAGGUUAGUGUGUGAGGAAGGAUGGAGGGCAAUUAUUUGAAACAAAAAAGAAGAUAUAAAAGAAAUUUGUUCAUACAAAACAUUUGAAGCUUUGUUUAGUGUA